AUGGCUUCCGUCACCGGAAAAAAAAUCGUCGAAGAAGUUUCCGGCUGGUUGCGGGUCUAUGACGACGGCUCCGUCAACCGGAGCUGGACCGGACCACCGGAGCUCGAGUUUUUCGUACGCCCGGUUCCACCGCACCGUGAGUUCAUCGACGGAAUCGCCACAAACGACGUCGUCAUCGACCCAAACACCAACCUCACCGUACGCAUAUACAUCCCCCAAACGGAACACUCCACUGUCCCACAUAAGAAUAACACCACUCCCAAACUACCCCUUUUCCUUCACUUCCACGGUGGUGGCUUCUGUUUCAGCCAACCCGAUUGGUUCUUAUAUUACCACUUUUAUUCCAACCUCGCUCGCAAGACUCCUUGUGUUUUAGUCUCUGUUUACUUGCCUCUUGCUCCUGAGCAUAAGCUCCCAGCCGCAUGCGACGCAGCUUCAGCUGCGUUCACCUGGCUUGGAGCUAUAGCUCGAAGCGAGGCUCACGAGUCAUGGCUCGUGAACCUCGCAGAUUUUAAUCACGUGUUUUUAAUUGGAGACACCUUACACCCUGGCUUUCUUCGAGCCGAGCUGAGAGGGUCGUUUUAUGAAAAGACGGAAACGCCCUUCUUGACGCGUGACAUGAUAAAUAAGUUCAUGGAUUUGGCUGUGCCCGUGGCUAGUGAGAGGAGUAAGGACCACCCUGUUAUAAGCCCGAUGGGGCCGCGAGCGCCGCCGCUUGCGGCGCUGAGUUUGCCGCCGGUGAUGGUGGCGGUGGCGGAGGAGGAUUUGUUGUUUGACACCGAGAUGGAGUAUUGUGAGGCCAUGAAAGGUGCGGGGAAGGAGGUGGAGGUUGUGGUGAGCCAUGGAGUGGGGCAUUGCUUUUAUCUUAAUAAGAUUGCUAUUGAGUCGGAUCCGAAAACAGCAUUGGAAGUUGAUAAGCUCAUUCAAGCCAUUGUUGAUUUUGUUAGCAAGCAUUAA